AUGGCUACACCGCAGCUACGGACCAAGACUCCCUCUUUGAUCCUUGCCUCUUCGGAUGAUCGGCCCAUUCGCAAUGAGCGAACUUGCUUCACUGGUGCAACUCUCCCAAAGAUCAUUUCUGCAGAGAACGACGACACCACAUUGUACUUGCGCACGUCAGAUCUGGGCAAACUUGGAGUGUUGAACUUUGAUUGGGCAGUUGCAGGGAACUCUGCUUCACAGUAUCGGCUCGUCCGCGUCGUGGUAGACGACUCUCUGGUCGAAUCCAGCGGCACAGUCAAAACCAGCCCCAUACUCCUCUUCAACAUAACUCGCUCCGAUCAAACUGACUUCACCUCCAAAGCAUCUUCCUCCCAAUCUCCCUCCUUUCAGCUACUCCCUAGCCCCUUCGGAUCCCACCGCCCCUUCAUCCCAACAGCCCGAGCAAUAACCAUCGCCCGCGUCGCCUCCCCUUUCUCUAUCAACAAGGUAUACCAGGAUUCUUUCCUCGCCGGGCUCAAAGCCCACUUCGACCAAACCCAACGAUUGGUAAAGCAAGGCGACAUCAUCGCAGUCCCUAUCGAAGCAAGUCGAUCAAGAUGGGUCCAUGACGCAGACGAUGCAGCUUCCAACCCAGACUCCUUGGGUCCUCUACCUCUCGACUCCUCAUCCAACAAGCAUACCCUCGUCUAUUUCAUGAUCACGAACGUCGAGUACGACAUCCUUGACACAUCCUCUCCCUCACACCCAUCCCCCCAAGACCUCUACCUCGGCGGCCAAAUGGGCGAGCUAGGGUGUUGGGUUGACCCUUCCGUCACUCGGAUAAUGCAAACAGGUAUCGAACACUCCCGCAUUCCCGAUCCUGGUAGCUACUAUGACCUCGAACGGAAGAUGUCCAGUGGUAUCCUCAAGAUUCUCGAAGAACGGGAUUCUUCCUUACUGGCUCCGUCGAGUCCAUUCGGGAAGCUGUUGGCCAUGGCGACAGCUUCAAUGACCAAAUGGUCUUUGGACUGUCACUUAGACUUGACGUUCUUAAUUAAAGGCCAGCGAGGUGUCGGGAAAUAUACCACUAUCUCGUGGGUUGCGCAGAAAUUGGGGAUCCACAUCAUGGAGGCGAGAAUGAUACCAAGACAGAAGGAACACUCCGCGUUCGGUUCGAUCAAGCGACCCAAUGCAGCCCUUGCAUCAUUGUCCUCCGUAAACUUGAGGCCUUUGCAGGAUCGACCCAGCCAGCCCAAGGCAAAGGUACUCAUCUCGCGCAUUUCCACUUGUAACCGUAACGACAACUCCCAAUUAGAAUCCCCACUCUCGGCCGUCCUCCAGGAAUGUGUCGGCAAUCUCCAGAAGAGUUGGAAGGAAACAGGGUUCCCAGUGCCAGAUGAACGAUCCCGGUAUGAAAUCCUCGCAAGCCUCCUUCACACUGCCGUUCUCUCCUCCGACGUCUCCCUAUCCCACCUUGCAACUCAAACUGCCGCACUAGUAGCAGCCGACCUGGUCGACCUGGUCGCUCGAGCACACACACACUCUCUCGAACGAACACUAAAGAACAAAGGCCUGUCGAAACAAAGCGUCCAACUCGCAGGGGUAAGCCUCUCGGCAGCAGACUUUGAAUCAGCCCUGGGCAAGGCACGCGAUGCGUACUCGGAAAGCAUCGGUGCACCCAAGAUCCCAACCGUGUCAUGGGACGACGUUGGAGGCCUUGCACAUGUCAAAGCUGACAUCCUCGAUACAAUCCAACUUCCGCUCGAACAUCCCGAACUCUUUGCGGACGGAUUGAAGAAGCGAUCAGGUAUCCUUCUCUACGGACCCCCAGGAACAGGCAAAACCUUGAUCGCCAAAGCAGUCGCCACCUCCUGCUCUCUCAACUUCUUCUCCGUCAAAGGUCCAGAACUCCUCAACAUGUACAUCGGUGAAUCCGAAGCCAACGUCAGACGCGUCUUCCAGAAAGCACGAGACGCCAAACCAUGCGUCAUCUUCUUCGACGAACUGGAUUCCGUGGCACCCAAGAGAGGGAACCAAGGAGAUUCAGGAGGGGUGAUGGACAGGAUAGUGAGUCAGUUGUUGGCGGAGUUGGAUGGGAUGGCUGGGAGUGAGAAUGGUAGUUCGGAUGUGUUUGUGAUCGGCGCUACGAACAGACCGGAUUUGCUGGACCCUGCGCUUUUGCGUCCUGGAAGAUUCGACCGCAUGCUCUACCUCGGCGUCAGCGAUACCCACGAAGCCCAAUUCAACAUUCUCGAAGCCCUAACACGGAAGUUCAGACUCGACCCGGACCUUAACCUACGGGACAUUGCCGAACAGUGUCCAUUCAACUACACCGGAGCAGACUUUUACGCUCUAUGCUCAGACGCAAUGCUAAACGCGAUGUCUCGCAAGGCCGCUCUGAUCGAUAAACGGAUUUCCGAAAUAACAGAAUCUGACCUCGCCGCUCUCUCCUCCACAUCCGGAGUCAAGCACCCCUACCCACUGACACCACAGUACUACCUCUCCGAACUCGCCACACCGGAAGAAAUCCUCGUAACGGUCACAAAGGAAGAUUUCAUGAUCGCAUUGAAGAAUCUAGUGCCUAGUGUGAGCGAGGCGGAGAUGGAACACUACCGAUUAGUACAACAGCGGUUCACACAGGAUAAAGACUGA